GGUGAUUUAAAGAAAUUUCAGUCCAGUGUGUUAUAAUGACCAACAUUAAAGUGUUGUAUGGGAUCUCAGUAAAGCUGUUCAACAGAAGUCAUCAGAACAGAAUUAUUUCACAACAGAACACAAUACAGAGAUUCUAGAAUUUACAGUUACAGAAGCAAUGCUGCAAUUUAGUUAUUCCUGCAUGAUAGUUGUAGUUUAAUGAUCAUAAAAAUGUUUAAGAAGUUUAAAAGCAGGGUUGGAGUCUGCCUGGAGAAUGGUCAUGAGCACAAAGAGAGACCUCGGUUUCCCAUGACCCCCGCAGAGGUGGUCAGGCAGUUUGGGGACAGGUUGACUCAUUCCAAUGUGAAAGAGAUGAGUUCCUACCGUGAGCUCUGGUACUUGGGUAAGGAAAUUGAUAGCUCCAAUCACCAUGAUAUAUCAAGUAACGACAACACGCAGGUCUCCAACAAUCACCUUGCGUACCGCUACGAGUUGUUGAAAAGGCUCGGAGAAGGAUCCUAUGGAACAGUUUAUAAGUGUCUGGAUCAUAAGACAAAUGAGAUGGUGGCUGUGAAGAUCAUUAAAAAAUUUAAAUCCUAUAGGCAAGAGGUGGAAAUCAUGGACUAUUUGAGGAAAAAGGACAGAAAUGGUUCCUACAACAUUGUGUUAAUGAAGAACAACUUUUUCUUCCGCAAACAACUCUGCAUCGUCUAUGAUCUCCUUGGGCCAUCUUUAAAUCAGCUAAAAAAACAUCGGAGAUUCAGCAGUGCUAAUCUGCAGCACAUUUGCAAAGAUAUUCUCAAGUGUUUGCGUUUGCUUGAGAAAGAGAAAAUUAUCCAUGGUGACCUGAAACCUGGGAACAUAGUGCUCGGAAAGAAUGGCAUCAAGGUGAUUGAUUUUGGAGGCAGCAGCUUUGAGAAGAAGAAAAAGUUCCCUGGGGCUGUCACUUAUACCUACAGCUCUCCAGAGGUGAUAUUGAAAAAUCCUUGUAGCACUGCUACUGACAUGUGGAGUCUGGGCUGUAUUCUGGCUGAGCUCCACAUUGGCCAGUAUAUUUUUUCUGGAGCAGAUGCUGAACAAAUAGCCCUCAUCAUGGAGGUGCUUGGAAAGCCUCCAGCUGAUUUUUUUAAGGACAAAAAUACCUGGAAUUAUUUCUAUGACGAUAAAGGACAAUGGAGGGAUUUCUAUGACGUAAACAACGUGCUGAUAAAGCCUGGUUCUAAGAAUCUUCAGAAAAUUCUGGGUACUGGUGAUCUUCAGUUCUUAGACUUUAUCCAACGCUGCCUAAGCUGGAACCCUGCGAAGCGCCUCACUCCAUCAGAGGCUAUGAAGCACCCGUGGCUUCAGAGUAAAAGUUAGAGGUGUAGCACCGGGAAAGGAGCCCUAAUGUAGUGCAGUUACCAAGCCUCUCAAGUUACCUUUAAGACCCUUGAGUAAUAAAGACAUGGCUUGGACAAACAAACUACUUAAUUUAUCUGUUUGAUUCAAAACCACAGAUAAUAAAAAAUAAAAACAAAUAACUUUCUCAAGUGGA